GUCGUCCCUUCUCCCUCCCGACUGGACUCCUUCUCGGACGCCAAACGGAAAAGGCACAGUUCAUGUGCAUCCCCAAUAAGAUCAUAUACCCCAAGCCGCACCGCAUAAACAGCAGGAUUUUUUUAGCUAAUUAGCUGGUUCUAUCAUCAGGAAUAGGCAAUUUUGCAAGAACGAAGGAGCACAUCAAUGUCCAACAUCAACCGGUCGCAUCCGGCUCUCCCGAUGGCGACCUUCCAGCCCAAGGGUUUUGCGCCGACGCCGGCGCCGUCGCCAUUGGAGCAAUGGACGAAGCGGUUCCAGGAGGCCGAGAGGCUGGUGGACGAGGUGAUGGGGAACAUCGCCGAGAGGGCGUCCGUCCCGGCGUCGCUGCCGCUAGAGCUGAAGCGCCGGACCGGCGAGAUCCGGCGGAAGGUGGCCAUCCUCGAGACCCGGCUGAGCCUCAUGAGGGAGGACCUCGACCGACUCCCCAACAGGCAUCUACUCAUAUUAUUACUCCUCCUACUAUAG